AUGCCUGAGUCAUUCCGCCAAUGGCGCGAAGAGAAGAGGCCUUCCUUACAAGAACGCCGUCCGCCCACGCUCACUGUCGACACUGCCAUGGAUAUCGACAUGGUUGACUCCAAACUCCUCCAGAACGGGGACAACCUAUCACCAUGGCCUGCCAGUGCAAGAAAAAAGGACUCAAGCCGCUCGCAGCCUUCGCCGAUACCGCACAGCCUCGUCAACGAAUCCCUCUCUAUAAGCGGAGGUCGCACUGCUACCCCGAUCUACGGUCACUUCACAGUCAACAUGCGUCCGGAGCGGAUGAACGAAAUACCUCAUACAAGUAACGUGCUUUGUCCUCCAACAAUCGGGGAUGAGGCGGACUGGUGGCGCCGCAGACGGCUUCCGAGUCCUAUCAGUGAAUCGGGGGACUUCCUCGAGGAGCAUUUUAGUGAGCCGCAGACUCCUGAUUAUCUAGAUAGCACAGAUAAGCUCGUCUGGCCUGAUUCUCCGUCAUCGAUGGAAGUCGAAGACGAUUCACUCUUGAAGAAUACCUACCUGCAAGUUCCGGAGCAGAUACUAGAAAUACCUGCUCGUCUACAUAGCGAACAUCAGACGGAAGCUAAGCCGCAGCACGUCGAACCAGUCGCGGAGCCAGCACCUGCACCGAGAAAAGGGAAGAUUGGCUUUUCUAUGGGCUAUCGAGCAGACUGUGAGAAAUGUCGAAUGAAGAUUCCGGGGCAUUACAGUCAUAUCGUUCGGGCAUGA